AUGGGAAGCAGGUGCCUUCCCCUGCUCUCAGGUCUCGGUGUCUUGCUGGCUCUGUCAGAAUCAGAAGCCAAGAAUUCUGAAGCUUUCUGUCCUGCAUGUCCCGAAGAUGCUAGCUGCUACAACAGAACGCUGUGUGCUUGUAAAGAUGGAUUCCCCUAUGGUUUUGAUAAGACAUACUCGUUUGGGUCAUUUGAGAAAUGUGAAGCAUCCUGUGGAUGCCCUGAAAUAGCCAGAUGCCACAACAAGACCCACUGUGCUUGUGAAAAUGGAUUCCGACCUAUCUUUAUGAGAAGAUACACCAUCAAGUUCCAUGGGAAUUGUGAAGACCUCGGUAAUGAGAAGGAAGAAUUAUCGGUGGAUAUUUUGGAAAAUUUGAAGGAAAAAGAAGAAGAAAAGGACUUCGGAACAAAGGCCACCCAGCUCACUCAGCCUGCCGACUCUUCCAGAAGGAAUGUGAAUUUCACUUCUCCAGGAAAGGGCGAAAAUUCUGGGUUUGGUAGAGAGAACGAUGGUGGAACUACCUGGUCAGGAGUGAACAUUUGGAGAAAUAUGAGGAAUAAUGGAAAUAAAAGGUACAUUGCAAGAAAGGCUACCCAGCAACUUCAGCAUGUGCAACUGACCAUAUGGAAUGCGAGUUUUGCUACUCCGGGGAAAGGUGAAAAUUCUGAGUUUGAUAUAGUCUAUGAAACCAAGAAGUGCACUGAGACAAGUGAAAAUGCUCUUCUGGAAGCUGGAAAUAACACAAUGGAUAUCUACUGCAUGGAUGCUUUCAGAGGAACCACAAGAGGUGAAGGUACAGUUUCAUUUAUCGCUUACCGAUCUGUUGGGGAAAUUCUGAAUGGAUCCUUUUUUAGCAAUAGCAGUGAGAUGCAGAGAGUGAAACUGAACUCUCGUGUUGUGAGUUGCACCAUUGGUUUGGAGGAAAAAGUUUACCUGUCUAAACCUGUGUUCCUGACUUUGCAGCAUAUUCAGCCUGGUGGUGCAAACACAAGACAUUUCUGUGUCUCCUGGGAAGGAUCGGAGGAGGCGGGAAGCUGGUCAACAGAGGGCUGCUCUCACGUGCACAGCAACGAUUCUUACACCACGUGCAAGUGCUUCCACCUGUCCAGCUUUGCUGUCCUCAUGGCUUUUACUACCAAGGAUUAUCAUGUACUGACUGUGAUCACCUACGUGGGGCUGAGUCUCUCUCUGCUGUGCCUCUUCCUGGCAACCAUCACCUUCCUUUUCUGCCGGCCCAUCCAGAACACGAGCACCUCCCUGCACCUGCAGCUCUCCAUCUGUCUCUUCCUGGCCCACUUCCUCUUCCUCACGGGCAUCAACAGAACUAAGCCUGAGGUGCUGUGCUCCCUCAUCGCAGGGGGGUUGCAUUACUUGUACUUGGCCUCCUUCACCUGGAUGCUUCUGGAAGGGCUGCACCUCUUCCUCACUGUCAGGAACCUCGCGGUGGCCAAUUACACCAGCACAGGCAGAUUUAAGAAGAGCUUCGUGUACCUUGUAGGCUACGGGACUCCAGCUGUGAUUGUGGCUGUGUCUGCCAUAGUUGGACACAAGCAUUACGGAACAGAUACUCACUGCUGGCUCAAGCCUGAUGAAGGAUUCAUCUGGAGCUUCCUGGGGCCAGUGGCAGUCAUGAUCUUGAUCAACUUGAUCCUCCUAAGUUGGACAUUGUGGAUCCUGAGGCAGAGGCUUUGCAGCGUCAAUGACGAAGUCUCGAAGCUCAAAGACACCAGGUUACUGACCUUCAAGGCCUUUGCCCAGCUCUUCAUCUUGGGUUGCUCCUGGGUGUUGGGCAUUUUUCAGAUUGGACCCCUGGCAGGUGUAAUGGCCUAUCUGUUCACAACCAUCAACAGCCUGCAGGGGGCCUUUAUCUUCCUCGUGCACUGUCUGUUCAACCACCAGGUACGAGAAGAAUACAGGAGAUGGAUCACCAUAAAGACCAAACCCCGCUCCCAGUCCCAGACCUCGGAGAUCUUCCUGUCGUCCAUGCCGUCCACUUCCAAAACGCUUAAUGUGGAAAUGCAGGAUCCUGCCAGCCCCAUAACUCUCUGGGCAAUUCAGAGCAUGGAUGGCUGUCUUCCCGUGGUUUCAUUCACCACUGAGAAACAGAGGUCCUGUUCUAAAUGA